CGCUUACAGCCUUGCCUCCGACCAUCUCGCCCGCGCACGCGACAUGUCUCCAGACUCUUCCUCCAUCGCCCCUCUGACAAGCACCGACGCGAGCAUGCGCACACGGUCGAUCGCGAUGUUGGACGAGCUGCGGUGACAGAAGUUGAACAUCGCAGGAAGCAUCCCGAAAUGGAACAAAUUGCGCGCAAGAUCCACCUCCUCCGUACGGUCGUCCCGCCCUCGCUGCCCGCUGUGCCGCAUCGCCUCGUCGUCGUGCCCGCCAGCGCGGAUGCCGGAUGCCGCGUUGAUGUGCUGACGUGUCAUCGCGCAGGACCACAAACACGAUGUGCUCGACGCUACCGCGGACGUCCAGAUGAGCCCGAGCAGCGCAUGGAGGCUGGAGACAUUUGACAAGGCUAAUUGCAUUGUAUGACGUGGCGCUCGAUCAUCUCUGCCUGCAGCGCGGAAGUGCUGUUUGCGUUGUGCGAAUGAUGCGGACUCGCCCCAGACGGAUGGAGAUUGUCCCAUGUAUGUCGCCUUCUAGCCCUGCUCCUCGACGCUGCUCUCCCCCAACUCCUUUCCUCGACCCUUUGUUUACGGGUAGCUCGAGUUCGCCGCCCCCAUCGCUCUCGUCGCUGGACCGCACAGCUGCACGCAAUGACUUUUGCCGACUUGCGUGCGCUGCACGCCAUCAUCGGAUCCGCCAUCGACGACAUUGAACGCAUAUAUCGUCCCCCAUCCACAGACCGGCGCGCAUCGCAGUCCUCCGCUUCCUCGAGCUUCCGCAGCUCUUCCUCGUCGAACUUCCAGGCGCGGUCUCCCUCAAAACCACGUUCAUCGUUGUCCACCGAUUCCGAUAUCGAAGAAGAGGACGAUGACGAUGCCGAUGCCGACAUGCCGCUCACGCCUGUGAGCGCAUCAAACAGCCAGCCAGGACCCAACAACGUUCGUUUUGCGUCCACGGGGCGUAAGGGUCUCGUGAAGGGUCGCGAGCGGUCGUACACUAUGGGCUCUCUACCUCAACCGCCGUUCAGCCCACCAGGAGUCAAUGCGAGUGUCCCUCUGCCGAUCCUCAAGCAGCCCGCACUCGACUUUCCGGACCUCGACACGCCCAUACCCAUUACACCCACCUCGAGUUCAUCUGACACAUCCGCACCGAUGAGCACCUCUACGCCGUCGAACGUUUCGUCGUCUCCCAAGAUACCUAUCUCGCCGACGCUCACUGUCGAGCUCGAAAAGGUCGGUGCCGGUGCAUCCACGCUACUCGACCCCACGCAGAGGCAGCGCGAGUGGCGAAAGAAGUGCGAAGACCUCACGACGCACCCCGAAGUCAUCAAGGCUGUCAAUCGGAUAGUCGCAGCAUGUGGUCAGAUGAGCGCUAUGGUACAGAAGCCCUUCUUGGUUGUGUGCGAUGCCGCUAUGGGAUACAACCUUCCCGCGUGCCUCAGAUUUCUUGAGGCGGCGCAUAUGUCGGAAAUGCUUAGAGAAGUGGGUCCAAGAGGUUUAUCCUCGAGGGAGAUUGCAGAGAAGAUCCAAGCGCAGCUCGGAGCCUCUGGAGAGGGCAAGGGAUUCAAUGGCGAGAAGACAGUCGUUGAUUCGACGAGAAUCAGUCACGUUCUCCGUCUACUCGCCACUCACCACAUUACCCGUGAAGUUCGCCCAGAUGUUUUCGCCAACAACCGCAUAAGCAGCGUGAUUGACAGUGGAAAGUCGUGGCAAGAGUUGGUCGACAUGAAGCAGAGUCCUGAGCGCAAGUAUGAAGGGACAGAUGGUAUCGCUGCUUUCGUUGGUCUGUGCACGGACGAGCUAUUCAAGGCGUCGGCGUAUCUCGCUGACUGUUACCUGCUCCCUCCGAGCUCUCCGUCUUCCCCUCCUACGCCCUCGUCUUCACCUCAGUCGCCCCCUCUCCAACCUCAUUCCUGUUCUCCCCAGUCUCCAGCUCCUACAACAACAACACCCAUCGUGGUCCCGCCACACCCGCGGCCGUCAAUGUCCGCCCCCGCUGGCGACGUCAGCCAUCUCGGUAUGGUCACACCGAACGAUUCAACGUCUUCCCUUGGCAGUGUCGUCGAGGAGGAACGACGCGGAACUGAAGAUGGAAGCAGUCCUAUGCGCUUCGCGCAGAAUCCCCAUCCAACGCCUGCUCAGAACAGACAGAGGAAAAAGUCAUCUGGCUGGAGCUUCAGCAAUAGCAACGAUACACCCCGUAGACCGGCGACCCCACCCACCCCACAGUCGCUGCCGAAUGCUCACAAGAAGCCUGGGAUUCUCAAGAGACUAUCUUCUCGAACGUUUUCGCGUACCCCAACACCGACGACGACGCCAAGUGACGCCCCACCUCUGCCGUCCAUGCCAGGAACACCCCGCUCUGCUGCAUUCGAAGCACCCGAGACACCCCGUUCGCGCACAUCCUCUACAACGUCUCUCAUCGGCCAGAGACUUGUAAGUAUCCCAGCCUCACCGGAUACACUCCGAUCCCCAGCAACAUCCGGCCACGCAUAUACGUUCAGCGACUUGCUCAAGACACCGAAGUCUGCACCACGCCAUGCGAAGAUGCCAAGUCAAGAUUUGAACAUGCUCAAUACUCCACGCUCGACGCCAAGCCGGCAGUCGUCUCACUCGGAGUCGAACGUCGCGCCCGCGACGCCGAAGUGGACGCCGAGCCGAGAGUCGCUGCGCGCUCUGGGUACCAAGGGCUCGUUUGCAAGCCUCAAGACGGGCAAGCGGGGCGCAGAGCCGCUGCACCAGACGUAUGCAGAGCUCCUCGACGCCGCGGGCGACGGCAACGGGCUCUUGGGCCCUGCGUUCGACCUCCGGCCGUCUGUCCUCGCUGUGUCUCCUCGCGCACAGACGUUCUCCGGCAGUGCCUCGUCGCCGCUGUCGAGGAAAGACGACCCGCUACCGCCUGUCCCACCUCUGCACAUUUCCAGUGCUCCGCCGCCUGUCCCGCCCAAAUCACCGCUGCGGAGCCCGUCGGACUCUGGUGCGGGCUCACCGGGCGCUCUCCAGGCGAACACGGACGGCCGGAAAGCGAGGCGAGGCAGGGCGGCGUCGAGCGGGCUGCAGCCGGGCGACGAGAUGUAUGCGCCGUUCAACAUCGCGUUUGGCACGCGUCUGCGGUACUUUGAGUGGCUCGAACGCGGCGAGAACGUGUUCCGGCUCCGGCGGUUCGGGAAGGCGAUGACGGGGACGGAGAAGUGGGAGGUGCCGGGGAGCAUUGUCGGCGGGUUCCCGUGGCACGAGCUCCCGCCGCGAUCGGUCGUCGUGGACGUCGGAGGCGGAAUAGGGUCGACGUCGAUGCUCCUCGCGAAUGCCUUCCCUCACCUGAGGUUUGUCAUUCAGGAUCGGCCACCGGUCGUUGAGAUGGGCACUGCCGCUUGGCGCAGCAGGUACCCAGAGCUUCUCGAUUCGGGGCGCGCGACGUUCCAGGCACACGACUUUUUCAAGCCUCAGCCUGCACUCCCUUUGGCUAUCUUGGCUAGUGAAGGCCAGAGCGACUCAAUGACGGAGUCGAACACGAAGGCCCCGGACGCUGGAGACGUGGAGGUCAGGCCUGCGGUCUUCCUGAUGCGGGUUAUUACGCAUGACUGGCCGGACAGCUACAUUAUUCGGAUUCUGCUUCGCCUCCGGCAAGCCGCAGGCCCGAACACUCGGCUUCUGCUCGCGGACUACGUCCUCCCGCUCGCGUGUGUGGAUGAAGACGAAGACGGCGGAGCUGAGACCCCAGACAGCGUCAGCACGAGCGAGAAGGUCACGUACGAGCCGCUCCCUGGUGCGGCGCGCACCCUUGCGCCCGAGGGCUCGCCGCUGCUGCCGAAUCUGGGCAAGGCAAACGCGAACGCAUAUUGGUUGGACUUGACGAUGCGGGCGAUGUUCAACGCGCAGGAGCGCACGCUGCGCGAGCUUGCGGCGCUCGCGCGCGCGGCGGGAUGGAAAGUUGUGCAGGUGACGCACGCCGAGGGCUCGCUCUUUGGGCACAUCACCGCCAUGCCGGUCGACAUACCUGAGGAGACCUUGGCGUUGCCGGACGAGAGCGAGAGCGAGGAGUCUACUGGACCUGAUGAGGGAGCGAGUGCAGCACCAGACGCGCUGCCAUCAUUACCGCCAAUGGGCGACACCUUUCUGUCGAGCGUCGAGCUCCCGAGCGAGACUGCCAUCCGAGCGGGUGUUGCGAGUGGUUCUGGACGUCUGCGCGGUGCGCGUGGUGACGCGGAAGGCAAGAAGGGCGCGGGGAGGCGCAGGGCGCGCGCGUACACGUUCACCGGGCGGGAUAGCAGAGACAGGGACCGCAGAGACGAGGGCAGGGAUGCGAGCGAGAGAGGUGCAGGUGGGGAGGUGCGCAAGGGCUUGCGGACGAUCAUGAAGAUGUUAUCGAAGGCGCACCUGCGGGGCGACGUUCCACCCGAGGAAGGCGAGCGCGAGGAGAAUGCAGGACCGCUGGCGCUUUCGAGGCAGAGGACGAGGACAUAGACAUCGGUUCUUCUUACUUGCCGGGCGUUGUUUCUGUGGACGCUCUAUCGUGGUUUGGAGCGUUAUCUGUAGCUCUCGUGUUGCUUGUAUUCAUGCAUCUCUUGUAGAGAAUAUUAUUGCUCUUGCGUUCUAGAU